AUGAUCAAAAGCUUCACAAACAGUUUUAGAAAUAAAAGUAGCGAUGUAGACAGAUGGAAUGAAGUUGGAGGUUUGAAUGGCUUAUUAAUAUCAAUCAAAAGUUUAGGUCAAGGCUACCGAGAGUUAAAUACCGACAAUAAUUGGCGACAAGAAUCAUCAGUAUGGGGACGAGUAAUCCAAUUAACAACAUUAAAGAAACAAGAUGAAAAUGCCAGGAAAUGGCUAUAUACAGUAUGGCGUGUUGAUCGUCGAUCAAUUAGAUCCGUUUUCUAUGAAGAUAUAACAUCAAAAACUCUACCAACACCAUUAGCUCACAAUGUUCGCAAUAUUUAA